AUGAGUUGUGGCUUUCGUAAAGUGGGAAUUAAAGCUCCUUUACUAGCAAACAAGUUGUCCUUUGCAAGAGCACAUUCGGCUUCAUCAGAUGAGGGCAUGGGUCUGUGUUAUCGCUGUCCGCUACAUCACCUUGAUGGCGACGAAGGCUCUUCAUACGCCUGGGUGAAGUCAUUCCUUCAAGAGAUCAAGAGAAGAUGUCCUGGUCUUAAGACUACACCGAAAGGCACGCAGAGAUCUACCUCUGGCCGGACCACCAGCUCCGAAACUACAGCCACUUACCCAAAGACAUCGACCACUAACCCGAUGACAUCGACCACUAACCCAAAGGCAUCGACCACUAACCCGAAGACAUCGACAACUAACCCACCAGCUUCGACCACUGACCUUAUAAGUACGGUGAGUGAACCGUCAACCACGAAAAACAACCCUUCACCUAAGACCACCGAACCACCAACCUCGACGGUCAGCAAAACGCCAACUACGACCACGGACCCGCCAACUACGAGCACUGAGCCACCAACUACGACCACCGACCCGCCAACCACCACCACUGACCCGCCAACUACGACCACAGACCCGCCAACUACCAACAAAGACCCGCCAACUACGACCACGGACCCGCCGACCACCACCACUGACCCACUAACCACCAACAAGGACCCGUCAACUACGACCACUGUCCAGCCAACUACGACCAUCGACCCGCCAACUACGACGGUUCCACCAACUACACCCACUGAACCUACUACGACGUCCACCAAUCCCGUAUACGUUGACUGCCAGGCCUGGCUGGACGCUGGUCACAACAAGAGUGGUGUAUACAAUAUCACCCCAUCUCAGUAUCCUGACGGCCUGGAGGUCUACUGUCACAUGAAUACGAACUCUGAAGAGGGAUGGAUAGUUUUCCAGAGACGCGUGGACGACACGGUGAGUUUCAUCCGCAGCUGGGCCGAGUAUAGGGAUGGUUUCGGUGACAAGGAAGGGUCGUUCUGGCUGGGGAACGAGAUCCUCCGUCGUCUCACUGAACCCGUAGACGAGGAAUGGCAGAUGAGAGUGAGGCUAGAUGUGGCUGGUUCGCCAAACCACCAGUCUGGGGCGUAUAAUGAUUUCCGUGUCGAUGGAGAGAACUACACUCUUCAUGUUGGGGAAUUUAGCACUCUGAGCUCCCCGUAUGAUUUGAGUGAUUGUCUGUCCCCUCCUCCCGGCGGUGAACCACCAUCCAACGGACAGCCCUUCACGACGCACGAUCAGGACAACGAUGCCGAACCCGAUCUGAACUGCGCCGAUGAGUUGAAGGGAGGUUGGUGGUUCAAUCGAUGCACACCGUCAGCCGACUCCUGGGGUGUCGGGCCGCACAGUAAUCUGAACGGCGAGUAUUCUCAGAUACCCCCAGUCGAUGAGUACGGACGCGGCAUCGUGUGGAACUUCAUCUACCAGCAAAUAACGCGCACUGAAAUGAAAAUGCGUCACGCAUGAAAAAUCUUAUUGUAUUCAAAAUUCACUGGUUACAAUCACGUCAAGAAAAUAUUGUUGAUUUAUAAUUUGCAGUGACUUAAAGCCAUUGUACACUUUCGGUAAACAGUAUUGUCCAAUGCCCACACUUCGUCA